UUCUGCAGCCCGUGCGAGACUCGCGGUCGCUCCCGCCUCUCGGUCCCCUCCUCCACUCGGCCCUCGCUCCUCCCCACCUCCGCCUCCCGUUGUUUCUCGGAACCUUUUUUGCUCCUGACCUUUCCUCGCAGGGUCAUCACCAUGUCUCUGAAAGUGCACACAAGCAACAUCACCAACAAGAAUGACCCCAAGUCCCUCAACUCUCGAGUCUUCAUUGGGAACUUAAACACAGCCAUGGUGAAGAAGGCAGAUGUAGAGACCAUCUUCUCCAAGUAUGGCCGGGUAGCUGGCUGCUCUGUGCACAAGGGCUACGCCUUCGUCCAGUACGCUAGCGAGCGCCAUGCCCGUGCCGCUGUGCUGGGCGAAAACGGGCGGGUGCUGGCAGGGCAGACUCUGGACAUCAACAUGGCUGGAGAACCUAAACCUAAUAGACCAAAAGGACUCAAGAGAGCAGCUUCUGCCUCCUAUGGCCCCAGUCCCAGCCUCAGCCUCAGCCUACUCUUGGCUGCCCGGGAGAAGGGGUUUCCGGCUCCCAGCUCAGGAGUGCAGUCAGGACCACUGUCCGAGGGAAGGCAUGUGAACCCUGGGUUCUUAGUCCCCAGAUCCACCACGGAGCCACUGUGUGGCCUGAGGCUUUUCGAGCCCCGGGGCCGGCUCUCUCCAGUCCCCAGGGUGGUUCCUGUGAAGCGACCACGGGUCACCAUUCCUCUUGUACGGCGAAUCAAAGCAACUCUACCUGUCAGACUCUUCGCCCGCUCCACCACCUCCAACAGUUCGACUAAGUUAAAGUUGAAAUGUACUGAACUGCAGACCAUCAAAACAGAACUGACCCAAAUCAAGUACAACAUUGAGGCCCUACUGGGGCGGCUGGACCAGAUCUCGGAGGAGCAGAGUCCUGGCACAGAUGGCAAGAAGAAGAGUGAUGGCAAGAAAAGUGAGGCCAUUCAGGAGGACACAGCUUCUGAGGCAGAGACACCCUUGGAAGAAUUGUUGCCUGGGGAUGAAGGUGAUGAGGCGCUGGCUCAGGAUGACUUCGAAGACUUGGACAACAGCCGAUACACAGAGCUGGAUGAACUGACUCUACAGUAAAUGCGGGAUAGGAGGGACUGCAGGCUGACCCGAGGAGGACGGUAUGAGGGCAAACCCUGACCCUGGCCCUCUGAGCCAGGCACCCAUCACCCCCCACCCCCCAGGUGCCAUCAUCCCCAACUGGGCAGCGGAGGAGAACUGUGGGUCCGACGGCUUCUACCCACCUGUCACCCAUCAGUGCCAAAUCCAGCCAGCCCCUUCUCCAGAUGGACCUGGUACCCUCAGCAGCUCACCUGGGCACCUUCCUGCUGGAGCAGAUAGCAGGAAAUCUCUCCCCCAACCUCCCACCCCUCAGCCCCUCAACUAACUGCCUUCCUUCCUGCCUGGGACUGGCUGGGCAGAGCACAGAAGCUGUAUUAUAUCCUGGACCAGGACACUGCAGGGCUUUGGGAUUUUCUAGGGGUUUGGGGAGGGCAAUCCACAAGGCGGGGACUUCACAAUGACCCUGAUAAUAAAAGAGUUUGGAUCCUGAA